AAGCGCUCGCUUCCGGUUGGGUCAGGGGCAACCGGAAGUAAAAAUGCUCGGCCCUGACGCUGCUGACUUCUGAGUUGUCUCCGGGUUUUUCCGCGUUUACUGGUCUCGCCGUCGCCGCCACCAUGGGGAAGCGACAGCACCAGAAGGAUAAGAUGUACAUUACUUGUGCUGAAUACACUCACUUUUAUGGUGGCAAGAAACCAGACCUCCCACAAACAAAUUUUCGUCGUUUACCUUUUGACCACUGCAGUCUCUCUCUGCAGCCCUUCGUCUACCCGGUCUGCACUCCCGAAGGCAUCAUCUUUGACUUACUGAAUAUCGUCCCCUGGCUUAAGAAGUAUGGGACUAACCCCAGCAAUGGAGAGAAACUGGAUGGGAGGUCCCUGAUCAAGCUGAACUUUGCAAAGAACAGCGAAGGGAAGUACCACUGCCCAGUGCUGUACACGGUGUUCAACAACAACACCCACAUUGUGGCUGUGAGGACUACCGGCAAUGUCUACGCCUACGAGGCAGUGGAGCAGCUAAAUAUUAAGGCCAAGAACUUACGUGACCUACUGACAGACGAGCCCUUCUCCAGGCAGGACAUCCUCACUCUCCAGGAUCCCACCAAUUUGGACAAAUUCAAUGUCUCCAAUUUCUUUCAUGUUAAGAAUAAUGUGAAAAUAACAGAUCCAGAUGAAGAAAAGGCCAAACAGGAUCCAUCUUACUAUUUGAAAAACACAAAUGCGGAGACCCGAGAAACGCUGCAGGAGCUCUACAAGGAGUUCAAAGGGGAUGAGAUCCUGGCAGCCACCAUGAAGGUCCCAGAGAAGAAGAAGGUGGACAAAUUGAAUGCAGCUCACUACUCCACUGGGAAGGUUAGUGCCUCCUUCACCUCCACUGCCAUGGUUCCAGAGACCACACAUGAAGCAGCUGCCAUUGACGAGGAUGUACUGCGCUACCAGUUUGUAAAGAAGAAGGGCUAUGUGCGGCUGCACACCAACUGGGGAGACCUCAACCUGGAGCUGCACUGCGACAUGACACCAAAGACCUGCGAAAAUUUCAUCAAGCUUUGCAAGAAGCAAUAUUAUGAUGGCACCAUCUUCCACAGAUCCAUCAGGAAUUUUGUGAUCCAAGGGGGUGACCCCACUGGCACAGGCACAGGUGGGGCCUCGUACUGGGGGAAGCCCUUUAGAGAUGAAUUUCGGCCCAACCUCUCGCACACAGGCCGGGGCAUCCUCAGCAUGGCCAACUCGGGGCCCAACAGCAACAAGUCUCAGUUCUUUAUCACCUUCCGUUCCUGUGCUUACUUGGACAAGAAGCACACCAUUUUUGGGCGGGUUGUUGGGGGCUUUGACACACUGACAGCCAUGGAGAAUGUGGAGAGUGACCCCAAAACUGACCGCCCUAAGGAGGAGAUCCGCAUCAACUCUACCACCGUGUUUGUGGACCCUUACGAGGAGGCUGACGCUCAGAUUGCCGAGGAGCGGAAGAAGACGAAGAUCAAAGAAGAAGCCCCAGACAGUACAGUGAAGACAAGCAAGGCCAAGUCAGGGAGCCAGGGCCCCCAGACAUACCGCCAGGGCGUGGGCAAAUACAUCAACCCUGCAGCCACGAAACGGGUAGCAGAGGAAGAACCAUCCACUAGUGCAGCUGCUGUCAUGGCCAAGAAAAAGCCCAGCCGAGGUUUUGGGGACUUCAGCACAUGGUAGCAGCAGGCUGCUCUGGAUCCCGGUAGGGACACUGUCCUGGGGGCCGAAUCCCUAUCACUGAGUUUCCUAAAGCCUUUGCAUACCUGCCCUUUGGGCUGUGACUCAAUAAAGCUCUUGGUCCCCCCUGUGGUCCCCUCUUUUGUCCCAGGAGCCCACAGGCCUCCCCAGCCCACCCGCAUCUGUCUUGGAUCCCCAAGCAUGGGGUCUCGCCCGCAGAGCAGCACAGGCCCAGGGUAGUGAGGAAGGGCUGUGUCCUGACUCGGGUUUUCUUCUCCCUCCACCGCCCCCCCGCAUCCCAUUAUCUUCUCAGGGAUUCUACUCAGUGUGGUCCCUGACCAGUGGCAUCACAUGGACCCUUAUUGGAAACGUUCAGACCCCAGCUCUUCUGGAGACUUUGGGGCCUUGGGCUAGAUCCUUUCCUGCCAUCUCUUGCUUGGCUCACUGGCUCCCCCACCCCUACCACCAUGGAUAGUCAUCACCAUGGUGCCUGAGCACUGCUCUGACUAGCCUGUCCAGGUUCCACAUCUGGACAGACCACCUUGUCAGUCAAGAUGGUGUUUAGAUCCCCCUGGGUGAAGCUCCUGCUGCUCCUGCUGUUACUGAUGGAUGAGCAAAAGGCCCCAGCAAGCUGGUGCUUCCCUCCUGCCCCCACCCCCUCUCCGCAGGUCAUGGCCUUACUGCCCUAGGACCUGACCUUGUGCUUACACACUGACUCUCAGCCCUAACUCUUGAGGCUUCUGGGCCAGCUGCACCAGCAUUUCCUAACUUGAGAGUUCCCUUCCCUUCGCCCUGUUUUUCUAUUAAAUGUCUUUUAAAAAACUCACACUUGCCUGCCCUUGCUUUCUG